CGGUGACGCAACGAUCCGGAAGCCGGCAGCCACUGGAAGGUCUCCAUCUCCCUCUCUCUAGCCCGAUCCGCUGAGUGCUUUUGUCUGGCUGGCUAAGUCCCAGCUUCGAUACGAAAAUUACACGCCGAAAUGUGGGAAAUUAUAGGCGGCGGGAGGAGUGGACACGCGGCACACACCAAGACCAAAGGCAUCAUAAAGUUCAGAGAGGCAGCAAACACGUUUUCCCGGACGCCGAGCUGCAUUGUAAUUUAGGCGAAGCCCGCGGAACGUUGACCCGCUGCUCCAGUACACUACAAAACCGGGUGGCUCCGUGGAGCGGGGGAGGCGCAGCCCGCCAUGGGUCGAGGUUGCCGCGCUUCCUCGUUGCAAGUGGCUCGAGAAACCCCAUACCAAUCUGAUGUCUGCCGAUCUUCCAUCUCAGUCCCAGCCUGACGAAUCGGCCACUUUUUUGGCCAUGUCUUGGAAUACAUUUCGGCUGCGGCAAUUUUCUGGUCUUGUGCGACUCGUGGCUGCAUCGAAUCCGCCUUCGUCACGCCCAAAAUGAUGGAUCGACUGGCACUGGCCAGCCGAUCGCCGCCGCCGCCGGGCCUUGUCAUCGUUUUGGGCCCAAUUGCCAGCGAUAUCCCCCGGCGCAGAUGCAAAUCAAAUAAUGGCAUCAAUUGUACAGCGCCGCGAGUCGCAAGUUGCAAGUUGGCCCGAUGUUGCUGCUGCUGCUGCUGCCGCCGCCGCAGUUGCAGUUGCUGCCGCGGAUUAUGCAAUGGGAAAGGUGCAGCAGCAACUUGUCUGGCGGGAGAUGCGCAUUUGCUAUACAAACAAAUCGCCGGCCGACUGCAAACUGUUGCAGAUGCGACAAUCGAGUGGUGUUGCAGUUAUGAGUUGUCUGCAGCUUUCGCCUGCUGCCGCCGCCUCUGGCCACCCCAUCCCUGCGUCACCAAGCAGCACCAAGAGAUCCCAAAAGCAAGGCCCAUCGCCUGAAUCCUCCCCCCUGACUAAUGGCGACUUCGCGACGAUGAUGCGGCAGCAUUUGGCCCACAUUGCGCCAGUGUGGUGGCUCACCCAGGGUGCACUGGGAAAAAUACCUAGUUCCCUCAAAGUUGCUUAGGUAUUACAAAGAUUUUGAGUGCCCCAGCAGCACCUCCAACAUCUGCCAACCACACGGCGAGCGUGGAAAAUGGUUUUUCCUUUUGCUUUCUGGCAGAGCGAAGCUUUUCCGGUUAAUGUUAUGUUGCCUGUGGUUUGGUAUAAAAACUCUGGCUGCCAACGGUGGUCAUGUCAGUUGUGGACUCGCACUUAACCCACUAGUUAACCCAAACGGAGCGUUCCAAGCGAUGAAAGCCUUUGUGUGUCUCCUGCUCAUUGGAGCGGCCAGUGUGACGGCCAAGCCGAAGCCCGGCGGCGGAGGAGGCUGGUCCUCCGGCGGAGGAGGUGGUGGCGGCGGCUGGUCCUCAGGCGGCGGAGGAGGCGGUGGCCAUGGAGGCGGCGGCGGUGGAGGAGAUGUGCAGAUCAUUAAGGUGAUCACGGAGAGUGGCGGAGGCGGCGGUGGAGGAGGCUGGUCCUCUGGCGGCGGCGGAGGAGGUGGUGGCUGGUCCUCAGGAGGCGGCGGCGGCGGCGGUUGGUCAUCCGGCGGAGGAGGCGGUGGCGGCCACGGAGGCGGCGGUGGCGAUGUGAAGCUCAUCAAGAUCAUCAGCCUGGGAUCCGGUGGCGGAGGAGGCGGACAUGGCGGUGGUGGAGGCGGCGGCUGGUCCUCCGGAGGAGGCGGCGGCGGCGGUUGGUCAUCCGGCGGUGGAGGAGGCGGUGGCCACGGGGGCGGCGGCGGCGGCACCAAGGUCAUCAAGAUCAUCAAGCUGAGCUCGGGCGGCGGCGGCGGUGGCCAUGGAGGCGGUGGUGGCGGAGGAGGCUGGUCCUCCGGCGGAGGCGGCGGCGGUGGCGGCUGGCAGCCCGCCGGAGGUUGGGCCUAAUCCCCGCCUGGAACCCCAGGAAGCCACCAUCGAGGCAGUCCACGUGCACCCUUGUAAAUAAUGUACAUAUCCGAGAAGCAAUUAUUUUUUUGUUACUUUGUUACCCUGCCCGCAGAACUGUUACUAAAUUAAGCAUGAGACUAUGUGGAAAACACAAUUUGUAUAUUAAAUAAAUGAACCCAAAACUGUUAAAAAAAA